AUGAACAACCAAAAUUGGGAACGAUUUGCAAGAGAGCUCCAGAAAAGGGCUUCCAGUGCCAACACUGGCUCAAGGAAGGGACCAGGCCCCAUGGGAAUUUUUGCCGGGGCUGGGGGACUGAUUCUUCUAGGUGCAGCAGCUUUAACUCUAAAUGCCUCGUUAUUCAACGUUGACGGUGGUCAGAGAGCUAUAAUUUACUCUAGGUUGGCCGGUGUCCAAUCCCAAAUUUACAAUGAGGGAACUCAUUUUGCUAUUCCAUGGUUUCAGACUCCAGUACUUUAUGAAGUUAGAGCUAAGCCAAGGAAUGUUGCCUCGUUAACCGGUACCAAAGAUUUGCAGAUGGUCAAUAUAACAUGCAGAGUUUUGAGCAGACCUGAUAUAAAAGCAUUACCAACUAUUUAUAGAACUUUGGGUCAGGAUUACGAUGAGAGAGUCCUGCCCUCAAUUGUCAACGAAGUUUUAAAAUCCGUCGUUGCUCAAUUCAAUGCCUCACAAUUGAUCACCCAAAGAGAGAAGGUCUCCCGUUUGGUGAGAGAAAACUUAGUCAGACGUGCAGCAAAAUUCAACAUUCUCCUGGAUGAUGUAUCUUUGACAGCAAUGGCUUUCUCUCCCGAGUUUUCCACCGCCGUCGAAGCAAAGCAGAUUGCUCAGCAAGAUGCUCAAAGAGCUGCAUUCGUAGUCGAUAAGGCAAGACAAGAGAAGCAAUCCACUUUAGUCAAGGCACAAGGUGAGGCCAAGUCAGCCCAAUUGAUUGGUGAAGCUAUCAAGAAAUCUAAGGACUACGUUGAAUUAAAAAGACUUGAUACUGCUAGGGAGAUUGCUCACAUUCUUUCCAAUUCCCCUAACCGUAUUUUGUUAGAUAAUGACUCCUUAUUGUUGAACACUGUGUCUGACGCCAGAACUCAUAAAUAG